GAGCUAGUGAAGCGCAAUGGCGGCUUCAGGCUGUAUCUAAACCAUUCAAUCACACAAGAGCGGUGUGGGGGAGAGCGAGGGGAAAACGGAACAGGCUGAGCUGCUCUUUGUUUCUAGCUAAGAUAGCUAGCUGAAGAAAACAGGGGCAGUUACCGGCGAAGCCCGACUUCACACAACAACAGUACAUUUUUUCCCCUCUCAUUCAUCCCGGCUCUGCUGAGAGAUGUCCACUCCGGACCCCCCCAUGGGAGGGACCCCUCGGCCUGGCCCUUCUCCAGGCCCCGGUCCGUCUCCAGGUGCUAUGUUGGGUCCAAGCCCAGGACCUUCACCUGGGUCUGCUCAUGGUAUGAUGGGCCCCAGCCCGGGACCACCACCUACAGGACACAACCUACCUCCACAGGGGCCCUCAGGAUACCCUCAGGAAAAUAUGCAUCAGAUGCACAAACCUAUGGAGGGCAUGCAUGAGAAGGGCAUGCCAGAUGACCCUCGCUACAGCCAGAUGAAGGGCAUGGGCAUGAGACAGGGUGGCCACAGUGGUAUGGGACCACCACCCAGCCCCAUGGACCAACAUUCUCAAGGUUAUCCCUCACCUCUUGGUGGCUCUGAACAUGCUCCCAGUCCGGUGCCUGCUAAUGGCCCUCCUUCUGGCCCGAUGAUGCCGUCUGGCCCUGGUGGUGUACCCAUGGAGGGCGGUGACCCUCAGGCUAUGGGCCAGCAAAAUCGAGGAGGUGGUGUGGCACCAGGUCCGGGCACAGGGCCUAAUGGUGGACCAGCUGGUCCUAGUGUCCCAGGUGGCACUGGAGGUCCGACACCAUUCAACCAGAACCAGCUUCACCAGCUCCGGGCACAAAUCAUGGCAUACAAGAUGCUGGCUCGUGGGCAGCCUCUUCCUGACCACCUGCAGAUUGCAGUGCAGGGCAAACGGCCAGUGCCAGGAAUGCAGCCAGUGAUGCCUAAUAUGCCUCCUGCUUCAGGACCUGGAGCUGGCCCUCCUGGACCUGGAGGUCCUGGCCCAGCUGGUCCCAAUUACAACAGAUCACAUGGAAUGGUAGGACCAAAUAUGCCUCCCCCAGGACCAUCUGGAGUUCCCCCAGGUAUGCAGGGACAGCCUCCCAAUGGACCACCCAAAUCAUGGCCUGAAGGGCCCAUGGUGAAUGCUGCUGCUCCAGCUAGUGCACCUCAAAAGUUAAUCCCACCCCAGCCUACCGGUCGCCCCUCUCCUGCCCCACCCUCUGUACCCCCAGCUGCAUCACCCGUCAUGCCUCCUCAGACCCAGUCUCCAGGCCAGCCGGCUCAGCCACCUCCCAUGAUGCUUCAUCCAAAACAGAACCGCAUCACACCUAUUCAGAAACCACGUGGCCUUGAUCCUGUGGAGAUUCUACAGGAACGAGAAUACAGACUGCAAGCUCGUAUAGCUCAUCGGAUCCAAGAGCUAGAGAAUAUUCCUGGCUCUCUAGCUGGUGACCUGAGGACCAAAGCCACUAUUGAACUGAAGGCCCUGAGACUUCUUAACUUUCAGAGACAGUUGCGGCAGGAUGUGGUAGUGUGUAUGCGUCGUGAUACAGCCCUGGAGACAGCACUCAAUGGCAAAGCCUACAAACGCAGCAAGCGACAGUCCCUGCGUGAGGCUCGUAUCACAGAAAAACUGGAAAAGCAGCAGAAGAUUGAGCAAGAGCGCAAACGUCGUCAAAAGCAUCAGGAAUAUCUAAACAGUAUCCUCCAGCAUGCUAAAGAUUUUAAGGAGUACCAUCGCUCAAUGACAGGAAAGCUCCAGAAGGUUACCAAAGCUGUGGCCACCUACCAUGCCAACACAGAGCGUGAGCAGAAAAAAGAGAAUGAGCGCAUUGAGAAGGAGAGAAUGCGGAGGCUCAUGGCAGAAGAUGAAGAGGGUUACAGGAAGCUGAUUGAUCAGAAGAAAGACAAGCGUCUGGCCUACCUGUUACAGCAGACAGAUGAGUAUGUGGCCAACCUCACAGAACUUGUGCGUGCCCAUAAGGCAGUUCAGGCCCUCAAGGAGAAAAAGAAGAAGAAGAAAAGGAAGAAGACAGACACUGGUGACAGUGGAGCUCCAGCACUAGGUCCGGACGGAGAGCCUCUGGAUGAGACCAGUCAGAUGAGUGACCUCCCAGUGAAAGUCAUUCAUGUGGACAGUGGCAAGAUUCUAACCGGUGUGGAUGCCCCUAAAGCAAACCAGCUGGAGGCCUGGCUGGAGAUGAACCCUGGGUAUGAAGUUGCACCACGAUCUGACAGUGAAGACAGCGGCUCAGACGACGAAGAGCCGAUUACACAACUCUUCACAUCUCCCUGUUCUCCACUGCAGGAAGAGGAAGACGACCAGACGCAACACUCCCAGCCCCAUGCAGAUGAGAAAAAGAAAAUUCCAGAUCCUGACAGUGAGGAUGUGUCUGAGGUUGAUGUCCGUCACAUUAUUGAGCAUGCUAAGCAGGAUGUAGACGAUGAGUACAGCCACACUCAGUUUGCUAUUGGCCUGCAGUCCUACUACGCUGUGGCACAUGCGGUCACUGAGAAAGUGGACAGACAGUCAUCUCUCCUGAUUAAUGGGACACUUAAACAGUACCAGAUUAAAGGUCUGGAGUGGCUUGUCUCUCUGUAUAAUAAUAAUCUAAAUGGCAUUCUUGCUGAUGAGAUGGGCUUGGGAAAAACUAUCCAGACCAUCGCACUCAUUACCUACCUCAUGGAGUACAAACGUCUUAAUGGACCCUUCCUCAUUAUUGUACCCCUUUCGACUCUGUCCAACUGGGUGUAUGAGUUUGAUAAAUGGGCUCCAUCUGUGGUCAAAGUCUCCUAUAAGGGCUCUCCUGCCGCUCGUAGGUCCUUCGUUCCCAUUCUACGAAGUGGCAAAUUCAAUGUUCUCCUUACCACCUAUGAGUACAUCAUCAAAGAUAAGCAAGUGCUGGCCAAGCUUCGUUGGAAGUACAUGAUUGUCGAUGAGGGACAUCGUAUGAAGAAUCACCACUGUAAGCUGACUCAGGUUCUAAACACACACUACCUGGCCCCCAGGCGUGUGCUACUGACAGGCACACCUCUGCAGAAUAAACUGCCUGAGCUCUGGGCCUUGCUCAACUUCCUGCUGCCCACUAUCUUCAAAAGCUGCAGCACCUUUGAGCAGUGGUUCAAUGCACCAUUUGCCAUGACUGGAGAGAAGGUUGACCUCAAUGAGGAGGAGACCAUCCUGAUCAUUCGGCGUUUACACAAAGUACUCCGGCCCUUCCUGCUCAGGAGGCUCAAGAAAGAAGUGGAAGCCCAGCUGCCUGAGAAGGUUGAGUACGUGAUCAAGUGUGAUAUGUCAGCACUGCAGAGAGUACUGUACAGACACAUGCAAGCUAAAGGAGUCCUUCUGACUGAUGGCUCAGAGAAAGACAAGAAGGGUAAAGGUGGAACUAAGACACUGAUGAACACAAUCAUGCAGCUGCGAAAGAUCUGUAAUCACCCAUACAUGUUCCAACAUAUUGAGGAAUCCUUCUCUGAGCAUCUGGGCUUUACUGGAGGCAUCGUUUCAGGGCCAGACUUGUAUCGAGCAUCUGGAAAAUUUGAGCUUCUGGACCGCAUUCUUCCCAAGCUGCGUGCAACCAACCACAAAGUGCUGCUCUUCUGUCAAAUGACUUCCCUCAUGACCAUCAUGGAGGACUAUUUUGCCUACCGUAAUUUUAAAUACUUGCGUCUGGAUGGAACCACUAAGGCUGAGGACCGUGGCACGCUGCUUAAAAACUUUAAUGACCCUUCCUUUCAAUACUUUGUGUUCCUGCUGAGUACCAGAGCUGGUGGCCUGGGGCUCAACCUGCAAUCUGCUGACACUGUCAUCAUUUUUGAUAGUGACUGGAAUCCUCAUCAGGACUUGCAAGCUCAGGAUCGUGCUCAUCGCAUUGGGCAACAGAAUGAGGUGCGUGUUCUGCGUCUCUGCACUGUCAACAGUGUGGAAGAGAAGAUCCUGGCUGCUGCCAAGUACAAAUUAAACGUGGACCAGAAGGUGAUCCAGGCCGGUAUGUUCGACCAGAAGUCUUCUAGCCAUGAGCGCAGAGCCUUCCUGCAGGCCAUCCUCGAGCAUGAGGAACAGGAUGAGGAGGAGGAUGAGGUACCUGACGAUGAAACUGUCAAUCAAAUGAUUGCUAGGAGUGAGGAGGAGUUUGAUCAGUUUAUGCGCAUGGAUCUCGACCGGCGCCGUGAAGAGGCCCGGAACCCCAAGCGCAGGCCUCGUCUGAUGGAGGAAGAUGAGCUUCCCACCUGGAUUAUGAAGGAUGAUGCAGAAGUGGAAAGACUCACAUGUGAGGAGGAAGAGGAGAAGAUGUUCGGUCGCGGAUCACGGCAGAGAAAAGAGGUGGACUACAGCGACUCGCUUACUGAGAAACAAUGGCUCAAGGCUAUAGAAGAGGGCACACUGGAGGAGAUUGAAGAGGAAGUACGGCAUAAGAAGACCACUCGGAAGAGGAAGCGAGACCGUGACCUAGACCUCCCAGGCCCAGCCACGCCCAGCUCCAGUGGUCGAGGCAGAGAUAAGGAUGAUGACAGUAAGAAGCAAAAGAAGCGGGGCCGACCCCCUGCUGAGAAACUCUCUCCCAAUCCACCAUCCCUCACCAAGAAGAUGAAGAAAAUUGUUGAUGCCGUCAUUAAGUAUAAGGACAACAGCGGAAGGCAGCUGAGCGAGGUCUUUAUCCAGCUUCCCUCUCGUAAGGAGCUGCCCGAAUAUUAUGAGCUUAUCCGCAAACCUGUGGACUUCCGCAAAAUCAAGGAACGCAUAAGGAUCCAUAAAUACCGCAGUCUGAAUGACUUGGAGAAAGAUGUCAUGCUGCUCUGCCAGAACGCUCAGACCUUUAACCUGGAGGGGUCACUGAUCUACGAGGACUCCAUCGUGCUCCAGUCUGUGUUCACAAGCGUUCGGCAGAAGAUCGAAAAGGAGGAGGACAGUGACGGAGAGGAGAGUGAGGAAGAGGAAGAGGAGGUAGACGAAGGCUCCGAGUCUGAAUCUCGCUCUGUUAAGGUGAAGAUCAAGCUGAGCCGCAAGGAGAAAGCUCUUGAGAAAGGGAAAGGCAGGCGACGCCCUGGACGAGGCUCACGACCUAAACCUGUAGUAAGCGAUGAUGACAGUGAAGAGGAGCAGGAAGAGGAGCAUUCUCCUAGUGGAAGUGAGGAAGAUUAAGCCUUCAACUCGACCAGACCAUCCUUUCUUUCUGAUCUGAUCUAGACAUCAUUUUUCACUUUAAUGUUACAGGAUCAACUCCCCGUGAAGGUUCUAGACCUUUUUAGAUGAAUUUUCAGUGACUCGUGAAACCUAAACAGAUUAACUGAAACAUACUGUAGGUUUGUGCAGACGGUUUUAGCCCCAAAUGAAGUGUUUUUAACCGAGGGUCCAUGUAAGCAAAGAAAUGCAGUGCAGCUUUGAUGGUGCUGGCUCAGGAGAUUUAAAUCCAAUUAAAAAAAAAACACUUUAAUAUUUAAACAAGCAUUCCCGGUUUAUAUAUAGUAGGAAUGUAUUUGUCUCUUUCCUUUAUAUAUAUAUAUAUUAUUAUUUUUCCUUAUAAAAGUGAUGUGGACAGUAGCAUGGCUAGCUGACAGACUGUGGACUAUCAGGAAAAUUUACUUGACCAUUUUUAGGUGAUCGUUUCCUGUAAUUUCAUGUCUUUGUGAGCAGUGUACAGUAGUCACUAGCUUCUGUAAUUUUUUUUAAGCCUCUCCAGAGUGCACAUUGUGCGUCUCUAAAGAAACAUGGUGUAUGGGUUGUUCUGCCAUUAUUCACGUUUGCUUUGACAUUUCUUGUCUUUCAGUUUCUUUCCUAAGGUUAAUUUAAGAAUAUUAGCAGGAUUAUGGUACUUCCUCCCUUUUUGAGCUCCAGUUGGCUAAAAUGAGGAGUGGUGCUUAGCACUCUGUACUGUGUCAGUGUCACUGGAAUUCCAAGACUAUAAUAAAGGCAUCUUACAACUA